UUCGACAGGACGAAGUAAAGGUACUUCAAUAGAUCAGCCAAUAAGAAUGGAGCACGUCUUGAACGUUGUUACUGACCAGUACAGUUUGCAGGCGCGUAUUUACAAAAUAUUGACUGAGACUUUGAACAAAACACAAACAGAAAAGACAGAAAGGAGAAGAGUAAAUAUUGUUAUUUCUCGUUAUUGUCGUUAUAAUGCAGUUUGAUAUUAGAAGGUUUGAUAUUUAUCGUAAGAUUCCAAAAGAUUUAACUCAACCUACUCAUACAGGAGCAAUAAUUUCAAUUCUUAGUGGUGUUGUAAUGGUGUUUCUGUUUCUAUCCGAGUUUUACAGUUUUAUCACACCAGAAAUCAUCAGUGAGCUAUUUGUUGAUGCUGCCGGAUCAUCGAGAGGGAGAAUGGGAGCUAGUCUGAAUAUUACUCUGCCCAGAUUAAGAUGUGAUUUCAUUGGUCUAGACAUCCAAGAUGAAAUGGGAAGACAUGAGGUUGGUUUUCAAGAAAACACUCAAAAAUGGGAAAUAAAUGGUGGAGAAGGUUGUAAAUUUGAAGGACAUUUUAAUGUCAAUAAGGUACCAGGAAAUUUUCAUGUAUCUACACAUGGAGCGGUACAACAGCCAGAGAUGAUUGACAUGGCGCAUACAAUAGAUGGUUUACGGUUUGGCGACGAUAUUCAUGCUGAAAAAAUUGACGCUGCCUUUGUAUCUUUAAAGAAUGUGAAUAAAGAAGAAACAAAACGGUUAUCUUCUCAUGAUUAUAUACUGAGAGUUGUUCCCACAAUUUACGAAAAAUUAGAUGGUACUCAAUUGUAUUCAUUCCAAUAUUCAUGGGCGUAUAAGGAUUAUAUUUCAUAUGGUCAUGGUGGUAGAGUUAUGCCAGCAAUUUGGUUUCGUUACGAUCUCAGUCCAAUCACGGUAAAAUACAUCGAGAGAAGGAAACCUUUUUAUCAUUUCAUUACGACGGUUUUUGCAAUCGUUGGUGGAACUUUUACUGUUGCUGGAAUCAUUGAUUCUUUGCUUUUUACAGCGUCAGAAGUUUAUAAAAAGUUUCAAAUUGGUAAACUUACAUAAGCGACGAUAAAUUACAUUUGCACAACUGUUAUAACAGAGUGACAGUCACUUGCCUAGAUUUUAACGUACAGAGAUUUCGUUAUUGUGUAAUGUGAAAUUUUGAUAAAUUAUUUAUUUAAUGAGGGUUUUCCCAGUUGAAAAAAAUAAUGAGCAAAAUUAUGAAAAAAGGGAUUCGUUUAAAUUAUCGAGUGAAAUAAUCAGUAUUUUUGAGGAAUAUAAAUUGAUUAAAAAAAGCUCGUGGAUUGUAUUAUGAAAAGUAUUUUUUAGACUUCAGAAAAAAAGCUGCAAUUGUUUCCGGGAAAUUCAGCUGUUAUUAAUUGUUCAAUAAUUUAUAUUUCAUAAUUAUGUCGACGUUCAGAGAGCUAGUUUAUUACUAAAUAUUUAAAAUCAUGACGAUAAUAAUGUCUUACAUAAAAUGAGACAUUCAACUUUUAAAAGUUUGUCAGAGUCGUAAAAUAUUAACGAUUUUAGGGUCACACGAGGUCUGUUAUUAAAGAUGAAAUUUUUAUGACGUA